CCCUCCCUCCGCCCCCGCCCUCCCGGCGCGGUGGCCGCGGAGAGAAAGUAAGGUGAAAAAGUCCAAGAGCGGCUGCCGGCGCGAUGGGGGCCGGCUCCUCAAGCUACCGGCCCAAGGCCAUCUACCUGGACAUCGAUGGACGCAUCCAGAAGGUGGUUUUCAGCAAGUACUGCAACUCCAGUGACAUCAUGGACCUGUUCUGUAUCGCCACCGGCCUGCCCCGGAACACCACCAUCUCUCUUCUGACCACAGAUGAUGCCAUGGUCUCCAUCGAUCCCACCAUGCCUGCGAACUCAGAGCGAACUCCCUACAAGGUGAGACCCGUGGCUGUCAAGCAACUAUCUGAAAGAGAAGAACUCAUCCAGGGUGUGCUGGCCCAGGUGGCAGAGCAGUUCUCCAGAGCGUUUAAGAUCAACGAGUUGAAAGCAGAAGUUGCAAACCACCUGGCCGUGCUGGAGAAACGAGUGGAACUGGAAGGACUUAAAGUGGUGGAGAUCGAAAAAUGCAAGAGUGACAUUAAAAAGAUGCGGGAGGAGCUGGCAGCUAGAAACAGCAGGACCAGCUGUCCCUGUAAAUACAGUUUUUUGGAUAAUAAGAAGUUGACACCUCGACGAGAUGUCCCUACUUAUCCCAAGUACCUGCUCUCCCCAGAGACCAUCGAAGCCCUACGGAAGCCAACCUUCGAUGUCUGGCUGUGGGAACCCAAUGAGAUGCUGAGCUGCUUAGAGCAUAUGUACCAUGACCUCGGCCUGGUCAGAGACUUCAACAUCAACCCCAUCACACUCCGCAGGUGGCUGCUCUGUGUGCAUGACAACUACAGGAACAACCCCUUCCACAACUUCCGGCACUGCUUCUGUGUGACGCAGAUGAUGUACAGCAUGGUCUGGCUCUGUGGCCUCCAGGAGAAGUUUUCCCAGAUGGACAUCUUGGUCCUGAUGACCUCAGCCAUCUGCCAUGACCUGGACCACCCAGGGUACAACAACACAUACCAGAUCAACGCCCGCACGGAACUGGCAGUGCGCUACAACGACAUCUCACCGCUGGAGAACCACCACUGCGCCAUUGCCUUCCAGAUCCUGGCGAGGCCCGAAUGCAACAUCUUCUCCAGCGUGCCACCUGAGGGCUUCAGGCAGAUCAGGCAGGGGAUGAUCACGUUGAUCUUGGCCACCGACAUGGCAAGGCAUGCCGAAAUCAUGGAUUCUUUCAAAGAGAAAAUGGAGAAUUUCGACUACAGCAACGAGGAGCACCUGACCCUGCUGAAGAUGAUCCUCAUAAAAUGCUGUGACAUCUCCAAUGAAGUCCGGCCCAUGGAGGUGGCAGAACCAUGGGUGGAUUGUUUACUGGAAGAAUAUUUUAUGCAGAGUGACCGUGAGAAAUCAGAAGGCCUUCCUGUGGCCCCGUUCAUGGACAGAGACAAAGUGACCAAAGCCACGGCCCAAAUUGGGUUCAUCAAGUUUGUCCUGAUCCCAAUGUUUGAGACAGUGACCAAGCUCUUCCCCAUUGUCGAGGAGACCAUGCUACGGCCACUCUGGGAGUCUCGAGAGCACUAUGAGGAGCUGAAGCAGCUGGAUGAUGCCAUGAAGGAGUUACAGAAGAAGACGGGUAGCUUGACACCUGGGGGCACUGAAAAUGCCACGGAGAAGAACAGAGAUGUGAAAGCCAGUGAAGGCCAUUCUCCCCCAAACUGAUGUCUCAGUGUGCACGCAGACUGUACUAGUUAAAGCAGCUGAGCUGUGGCCUCUGAGCGGACAGGGCUGGGAACCUCCCAGGAUUCUCCACACAAGGACGGUCACGCCCAGAUGACCCCGGAUGACCUGCCACAGACUAUGUUUUCUAAGAACUGUUUUGUUCACUGAUACAAAAACAGGAACUCAUGAUGCUGUACAGAAUUUUUAUUUUUAAACUAUCUUUUAAAUAAUAUAUUCUUAUACAGAAAUGGGUCUGUACUUUUUCUUUGGGCUUUGCACUCGGAUUUCCAAGGACUCUGACUUUCCCUGGGAUGUGUCUUCAAAUGGUUGAACAGUAAUGUGACCUGAGGGUCCAUGUACAUUCCACAUUAAACAUCAGAAUGGUGCCCGA